GUCUUUCGCUGUGACUGUCGUUUGCAGAUUGAUCUUUUGGCAGCAAAAAAAACUCCGGCAAAUGAUAUCACUGCUUUCAACAUGCAGAGUCUUACAGAAUCUCUAUUGUCAAAGAGCAUGCCGAAAGACAGCAUUGUCCCAAAGCUAGCAAAGAAAGUUGUUGGAAACACCGCAACCACUGCGAAAUCAGGGCCAGGAUCUUCUGUGGCAGGAAAGGCAAAACCUCUUCGAAGUACCAAAACGUCACAGAAGCUUGUUCUAUUCCCUUCCGAGCCGGCAGAUUCAGCUACACUAAUUGAAGAACAGGAAGAUGAGGAUGGAUCUGACGAAACUACUCCAGUGGUUCAUUUACCUCUUGAACUUCAUGUACUUGGAUCGAGAACGGUUGCUGAACGCAUGAAAAAAGAUCAACGAGACAGGCUGAACUUGCCUAGAGUUUCGGCAUAUUGCGUAGCCGACACUUUCCAAACUGAUGAAAUCAAAUUAUUCUUGAAAGAACAACAUCAUGUUACUCCAAGACAGUACGAUGAAUGUAUUUAUGCGCCGUAUCACUUUCCUAUUAUGACAUUACGGCCAGGUGGUAAGAAUUCUACCAACGUACGGCUCCGUUCAGCGCCAUGGCCGGAAAGUGAUGAAGCCAUACAUGAUCGUGAAGAAUACUUUCGGCAAUUUGAGAAUGAGCAAAUGACUUACGAAGAAGAUCAUUUGUACGCCAACGCUUUGGAAAACGAACCAGAGCCUCACAACACAAAUGCUGAGUCACUCGCAGCACAUGAAAUUGCAGAUUUCUAUGAGGGAACGUCGCACCCAACAGACACAAAUUUGGCUGAACCGACAUAUGCCACUGAUGGUGAUAUAACGGAACCAAAGUCGGUAGACCAGGGAAAUAGCUUUAUCGAUCAACAUCUGGAAGAUCAACCAGACUUUACUGCCGAAACAUCCUUGAGUCAACAACUGGAUCCAGAAAUGGUGAAGACGGAUGAGAAGAUUCGAGCUGAACAACGUCGAGACUCUGAACAUUCCACCAAAGCAGCUCAUACAAAACCAUUCACCGGAGGCGAACUAUUCGUUUUCGACUAUGGAGUGUUGGUAUUCUGGAAUUUUAGUCGUGCUCAAGAAUUAUUGAUGCUGGAAGACCUUUCUCCAUUUACCAUUCGUCCACUGAAAGACAAUCCGGACGAUCUGGAAGAUAUGCAGAUUGAAGAGAUGCAUUUCCAGUACGACACUACUCAAAAGCAUUCCAGGAUCUUCAAUGACAUGCUGACUUUAAAAAGCGGCAACCAUAUGAUUAAACUUACUCUUAGCCAUGGAAUCAGUCAAAGUGCAGUCCUGGCUCGAUACGAAGAUAUUAUGGAUAAUACGAUUGAGGCCACCAAACACAUACCCAAAAAGCUAGCACUGACCGGUAAAUUAGAUAUGAAGCGAGCAGAAAUGACCCAAAUCAACGGUCAUCUGUUCAAACUUCGUAUGAAUGUUAACUUAUCUUCCAAUGUCUUGGAUACGCCCGAGAUUUUCUGGUCUGAACCAUCCCUACAGCCUUUAUACAAUGCAAUCAGAGAUUACUUGGAAAUACCCCAAAGAGCCGCCAUCUUGAAUGACAGGUGUACAGUCAUCUCGGAUCUUUUGAGUAUGCUUAGAGAGCACAUGAAUAACUUUGGAGUCGAGUAAGUUAGGUUUCACCCUAUUGCAAGCUGUUUUGAUGAUCCAUUCAGAUUUUUUUACCCUCCUUUCUUUUUCAAGAUAUCAAACUUUGAUCAUCAUUUACUUAAUUAUCGUAGCAGUCCUGGUUGCAUGUGUAAGUACACGUAAGCCCAUUCCUUUGUGACAUGACAGCGCAAAACUCUAACUUGGGGGUAAAAUUCUUGUAGAUUGAAAUUGCAGUCAAAAUCCUCAACCGAGCGGCCGAGUCAAAAUGAACAGCGGCAUCUGUCUUUUCUCACCUGUAAAUAGGCUUCAAUUUAUAGACAAUUCAUGUCAUAAUAAAAAUAGAUGAGCUGUCUUUUUCGGUUAUCGAAA